UUCAGUUUACGGAAAUACGGCUGCGACUUUAAUAUUUAUUUCAUACUUCGUUCUAGGACUAUAACAAAUAAAUACUAUUUUUCGUGGAGUGGAAAGUGAUGUACAAAUGAUGAGUGUAUUGUGAUAUUGUACAUAUUCAGCGAUAAACUUUUAACAAUUACUUGUAAUAAUGUCACUUGAAUCUUCGUUAAGAGAAUGUUGUGCCGGCCUUACAUCUUCGCGCGCUACUGAUCGCAAGAAAACUGGAGAUAAUCUGAAAACAUUUUUGAUGGGAAAUGCGGUUCCUUCUUUACUAUCUGAGAAUACUAUUCACCAUAAAGGUUAUUCUUGGAAUGAUGUUUUUGAUGAUGUCAAUGAGCUUGUACUUAAGGAAACUGAAAAAUAUGAAUCUUCUAAGACAUUUGACACAGUCAUGGGGCCUCUUUGUGAAAAUUUACUACACCUUUGUGUAUCAGGUUCCAAAAAAGGUCGGGCAUACAUCAGUUGUGACAAAAUAAUUGAAUCAUCCUUGUUAAUCUUAAGAGACAGUCGGCUAGCAAAGGCUAUUGGAGACGCUUACUUGAAUUUGCUAUACAAACAUGUGCUGACUAGUGACCAUUACUUGAGUCAUAUUACACCAGCCGCUUGGGAAGAUUUACUUGAUGUCUGCUUGUCUACUUGUAUUUCGAAACAUUCUAAGCUGGAUGACUACACCAAGUUGAGGUUGUUAUUACUUGUGAUGAAGACAAGUCGAAAUUGCUACCAAUUUGUGAUUCCUUUUCGGGACUCCCUUACCAAACUGAAGAAGUGUUUCCAUCGCAUGUUUGCUGAUAAAAAAGUGCAAGAAGUUAUUAUAGAAAUAAUGAUUCUGUUAUUAGAAACGCUAUCAACAGAAUGUCGGUUGUCUAUGUGUGAUUUCACAGAAAAUCUUUUACCACCAAUUAUGAAGUUAUAUGAUCCAAGUCUUGACCAGAAGAAGAAGUUUUCUCUCUUUAGGUUUUUCGCAAAGACAAUGACGCUUCAUCAUCCUCUAGGGAGGAAUCAAAAGCAAACCGGAAGCCUGGCGAGCAACUGGGAGACUUGGAACAAUCAGUUGUACAACAUCCUGGAAAUUGUCUGUUUGGAAGUCACAUUUAUUCAAAAACAGCGGAAGCCGCAAGAUAACGUGUUGAAGCGCUGUAAUGUGUUUUAUGAGUUGGCUGCAUCUGUUUACUUUCAGAUUUUCAGUUUAUCAGAACGACGACAGGAGGAAGGCGAGAACUCUACGAAAAAAGCCAGAACAAUGUUCAAUAAAAAUAACUCGUUUUACGAUCUCAUUGAAGAAUUGAAACAAAAUCAUGUGCCAUGGUUAGCAAUAGUACACAUGUAUGUAAAGAAUUAUAUUGAAUCAAUUGCCGCAGACGAUUUAAUAUUGUUGCUUACAGUCAUAGAAACUGUCAUAGCAAACAAAAAUGAUCUGAACUGGGAUUUGUUAGAAGAUAUGGUGUGUUUGAUUGUAAAAAAAUUGAAGUCACGCUCGACCAGUUCAGACGAAGAACACGAUGUACUGAUAUCACUGUGGAACACUUGUGUCAGGACAUCGACUCUACUUCACGCGUCACACGCGCCAUCUCACUCAAUUAUGCAAUUAUUAUUGGCUCUGGAUAUGCUAAAAUAUCAAAACAUACAGCCACUGAUCAAAUUCUAUUAUGAAAAAGGUAUGCCAGUGACUGAUUCCAGCGUAAAGACGCUAAAUUAUAUUCUAAACAAGUUCUUUAAUAAAUGUAGUCACAUGGAUGGAAGGAACAAAUGUUUUGCUUGGUUGAUACAAGGACAGAUGACGGCUGUUGAUGUAGGCAAUAUCAAAGAAUUAAUACUGCGGCUCGUGGUAAAUGAGAAUAUCUCAUUUCAAAAUAGUACAAUUAUUCCCGAAUGCACAAAUGUAUAUGACGUACUCUUCAACUCAGUUGAAAGAUCUAUAAUGUUUAGUGAGCUUGAGUUAGACGUUGAAGAACCAAAAGUUAUACAAGAAAAAGUACAAGACCACUUCCAGUUAAAUUCCGAAGUGAGCAAAGACGUCAAAGAUUAUUUUGAGACAAAAUUAUUUGAAUAUAUCAACAAAUUGAAUAGCAAGGCAGUUGAUCUAUUAGAGUACGUAAAGUUUUUAAACAUUGUACUGGAAUUCCUUGACUUGAUGGUGAAAUAUGACUUUAUAAAUCGCGCUGUAAUUGAAAAUGAAGACAUUUAUCGAUUACUGAAAAAAGGAAUCCGAGACAUGUACUUAUCACUGACACACAACUUAAAAGGCUCUCGAAUAACGGAGCAAAUCAGUUUGCUAAAGCAGUUAAAAAAUAUCCUGAUUGGUGGCUAUGCCGCUUUGCUGAGCAGCCAGAUACGUACGUUUGACGGAGAAUUUUUCAAGUGUCUCAACUUGCUGGUGAAUAAAAGAAUGACUUCUGACGAGGAGGAAAUGUUCGAGCAAGACGACUGUCUAUCAGAUGCGCAAACUCUGAGACACCUUUCUAUUUGUGUGCUAGCGGCGUAUUGCAGGACGCGUGCAGACGGUCGAAGCGAAGUAUUAGACUUCAUAUUGGAUCCCAAAAUAUACAAUUUCACUUCCUCGUGGGACGUGAACUGUGCUUUGGAGUGCAUUGAAUUGCUCAACGAUUGUAAAGUAGAAGAACCACCAUUGGAAUCAAUAUUUAUUCUCAUGCAAGGUAUGUGCAAAGACUUAUUCAAAUACUCUGAGGCAUCAUUCAAGUUGCUCAGAGUAUUUACGAAAAUGCUCGAUCAGUUUUGGCAACUUAGCAAUGGGAAACAAAACUGUUGCAUUAUGGUUCGAGGAUACUUGCAACGAUGUGAGAAAAAAUAUUAUUCUCCUCACGUUGCCGCUUUAAUAUACGAUAGCGCAGCGAAAAUAGCAGCACUCAGUUUCAAAUACAAUAUCGAAGUUGAUAACAUGUACUUAGAAGCAGUACAAAACAAAGUUAAGGCAGAUAUACACAGCAUUCGCCUCUACUGUUGCUAUCUGCUGAAACUGAAUUUCAGACACGUAUCCGAUCGUGAUAUCGCGUCGUAUUUAACCAGUUUAUUGGACAUAUUUGUAAUAAAGAUGGCAGAGAAAACAGAAUCAAUAUUAAAAGAUGAAUCGGCGAAUAGAACGGUGACGGUUUUUCAUAGCUUUUUAGCACUAGUACAGAUCAAGAACUCUUUAGUGCACAGUAUAGUGACUGAAGUGAUACAGAUCGAAAAGGAUAAAUCGCUUGACAAACAACUUGUGAAAAACGUUUUAACCAAGAUAAUACACACAGCCUGCAAUAAGACUGUGGAAGCAUACUUCAAUGAUAACUUACUGUUUAUAUUAAACUUCUGGUUCUCCAAAGGCAACAGUUUAGACAACAUGCCUUUGCAUUUGUUUGGAUUCGACAAGGUGAACUCUUUUCUUGAGAGACAUUUGAAAUGGCUGAUCCCAGCCGAUAUACUUUGGCGGAAAGGAGGCGUUGUGAAAAACAGUGACGUUUUAAAAUUGGUGGCAACUAAAUCAGGAAAAUCUGCGGAGGCUAUAGUCGAAACUUGUCUUUGUAACAUACUUGUGCUGUGUCUCCCUUACAUUGUCGCUGAGAAAUAUAGCCUAAGCUUCGAAGGAGGUAAAAGGGAAUGGGCGGAAAAUGCGCAUAGAAUGUUCGAGUCGACAAGAGAAAUCUUAGGGGCUGACAAAUGGAGCACAUUAUUUGUGGAAAACAUGAGCGAGUUGGUAGUUCUGGUGGGGUCACACCUGAGCGACCGCACUGCGGCCCAGACACAAUACAACGUCCAUAUUCCACCGCUUAACAAGAGCUUCUGCUACCCGAAGGCAGUGUUUCAAGCGAUACUUACCUACAUGGGGGAGCUAAUAGAAGAGAAUAUUUUAAAUUACCACUGCGAACAACAGGCUUUGACUAUUUUUAAAACUUUAAUUAAACUGUGGAGUUAUGUUCUUGAUGAAAACGUGUUCGAGUACAAAGUGUUAAAGCUACACUCGUAUAUAUGUUUUUUGGAAAGUGUUCCCUUCGGAUACUCAUCCGAUGCAUUUGUCUGUAACUUCGCAUGCAACAGCUUGGCCAAUGCUAUAAAAGGGUCUAAAAGCAAAGAUGAUAUCCGAGUUUAUGUGGAUGCACUCAAGAUUAUAUUGGAAAAAAUAUUACCUGAUCAAGUAGAUACGGUACGAAAAACUGUCUCCCACAUACUGUCAAUUCUAAUGAUUAAAAAGGAAGAAGGAUUCGAAGCGGUGGUGGACCCUUUGUUGAACUACCUAGCUGUGGAUAUGAAACCUCACUUGAUAAAAAGCGAAGACGUCAUCGAUUUUAUUACUUCGUUGUCUCAAAGUGCAGUUGGUAAUCUGAAUUGUUCGUCCAAAACAGAAUUUUUGGAAAAGUUGAAAACAUAUAGGAGCAGCUUGAGUUGUCCGAGCCACGAAACCCUAAUGACUAUGUGUCAGUUUUUGAAAGCAAAUAAGCCAUACGCGAACAAAUUGUGCGAGGAUUUGAAUAAGAAGGGCUUCUCCGACGACUGUGGCAGAAGCGAAAUUCAUCAAAUAAUUUGCUCGCUCAGCAGCGCCUUGAAGACAGCAACGGACGAUAAAACGAUAAUCGAAGCUUGCAACUGUUUAGGAGAAAUAGGCAACUAUGAUCUAAAGACUUUGGUGACCGUGCCGCCCGCGGAUACACAGAGAGUGACAAACAUAGGCCCAAAGCAGUAUUUUGCAAUAAUUUCAAUGUCCUCACUGGCGGAAAUCCUUUUUGAUAAGGACCCUGUUGUAACUAAUGCUGUAGCAAAAAUGUUGAAACAUCUGAUGCAAUAUCGGGAAGGGAAGAUUGCUUUAGAACUAGAAGAUGUAGAUAAGAACAUAUUGAUACCUCUGUCAUCUCCAAACUCCAAUACGAAUGCGGCGUUUAAAAUUAACACAACUAAAUUUAAAGCACCGUGCACGCAAGAGCUUUGGAUUCCAAAAACUCAUGAAACUCAUUGUCAGUGGCUGAUUAGGAUCACAACUGCUCUCUUGGAAGUACUAGCUUUACCGACGAAUUAUUUGAAAAGUUUGCACGCGGUGUGCGUUUUGAAGGAUGAUGUAUGUAGAAAAGUUUUGCCACCGCUAGUCGGUCUGCUAUUGGAUUGUUCUUCUGAAGAACAUAUAACAAUUGUUGCAAAUCAAAUAAAUGCGUUCUUCAAUCAUAUGUGGGACAAGAAUUUUGACGAGAGAGCCGGCAGCAGUGAAGGAAGCGAAAAUAAUAGAACUGCGGCAGUUUUCAGCCAUGACGACAAACUGAUUGUUCAAUUUAUGUUGGACAUUGUCAACUUUGUACGUCUUCAACGCAGUCAUUACACACCACGACCAGAUCGUACGGUUGAAAGCUUGAACUACCUCCGUCUGGAUUAUGAGAAAGUGGCGUGGGUAGCCACGGUGGCCGACCAGAGCGUGGUGGCGAUAUAUUACGGAGAGCUGUGGGCGGCCGCGCAGAACAACGGCGUGCCACCGUCUUCCCCAGAUGCCACCACGCAACUGCCUGGUGGAGAAAACGUUCAAAGAAUAUUUAGAAAGUGUUUCGUGUCUAUCGGAGAAAUGGACGCCGUAGAUGGCUGUGGCACUACCCAUUUGACCAUAGAGAAAGAAAAGCGUAAACAUCUUAUAAAAACCGGCCAGUUCGCGGAUGCCUUACUACUCCAUGACAUCGCCCUGUCUAGCGGUGGUGACAUCGACCCCACCCUUCAGUACGGGGUGGUUAAGUCGCUACAUAAGUCCGGCAUGCACCACUUGGCCUUGCAGUACAUUAAGUCUCUACCCGAGAAUGAUGAUAUAAACGAUAUUAAGUACGACUGCUUAGCGUUUCUAGGUGACUGGUCAGAGUUCGUGAACACGCAGGAGUUAGAAGAGAAGUCUAAACAAGCCAAUGACAACAUAUACUCCGUAAUAAAGGCUUUCCGUUACUCUUGCCUCAAAGACUGCGUUAACGUCCAAUCGUCACAUGAUUUUGAGACUAAGCUCACUUUGCCUUUGAAUCGAGCAAAACUUGCUGUUGCGAAACUGUGCCAGAAUAUCAACAUGGAAAAUUGUCAAAGUGUGUAUAGAGUUGUUUCAAAACUACAUCUGUUCAGCGACAUUGAAGACUACUUCUCUGUGAGAUGUGAUAACAUGCCCGUGACAAAAUUAUUCGAUCAGUGGCAAGUGAAGAAUUUACCAGCUUUCAAUGACUUCAAGCAUCUGGAAGCUCUGAUAGCGCAACGAAGUUUGAUACUCGAACACGCUGCAAAGCAGUAUCCGUCCUGUUUGAAGGACAUAAGUUCAUUGCAGCUUCAAUAUGCUGAACUGUCCUUGUCCAACGAAAGGAUUCAAAUGGCACAACGAUUGCUCGCAGUUGUGAAAAAAGUUCAAAAUUCGCAAGAGGUGGCGUUCGCUGACAGCCAGAUAUCGUGGGCCAAAGGGCAUAAAGACAUCGCGCUAUCCCUGCUCCGCAAUAUCAUGUCCAAUCCGCCUUCCAAUGCGGAGCUUACAGCGGUUUCUUUAAGGCAGUACGGCCUGUGGAUGGCGGAGACGAAAUGCGAAAAUGGAAAGGAUAUAAUCGAUAAAUACUUAAAGAAAAGCUUAUUGGCUCUUAAUAAUGAGGGCUAUAAGGAAACCAGACUGAAAGUAUUUUACGAUAUCGCUAAAUUUGCUGAUGCUGAGUAUAAACAGAUUGUAACAUACAUGAACUCUUCGAUAUUCGAGAAGAAAGUCCAAUGUUUGGAGAACAUGAAAGGGGCGGCCAACACUUUGAGGUCCACACAGCAUGUUCAAGCGCUCAGCAAAGACGAACGCAAGGCAUUGAACGUGAGCGAUAAACUCGGACAGAUUGACGAAGCUGAAAUCGCGAGCACGAGGGCUGAGAAAGAAACGUUCGUGCGGGAAGCUAUGAGGUAUUAUCUGCUGUCAUUGAAGCUCUGCGACGCACACAAUCUCUCAGUGUUCCGGGUGAUAUCUCUCUGGCUAGACAACCCGGGAAUCCGUCUGGAGGACAUCGACGGCGGCCCCAGUUUCGAAGACUUGCUACACGCCGUUCCCUCGCGCAAGUUCAUCACAGUGCUACCGCAGCUGGUGCCGCGGAUCACUAACGAGAAGUCCUACUUCGAUGAUAACUUGAAAAAGUUAAUAAAGAAAUGUGCAAUGGAUCACCCCCACCACACGCUACCUAUCCUCUUCAGUUUGAAGAACUCUGACAAGGACAAGAUGAUAUUGAAUACUAGCGGGACUAUUAGCGGGGCAACGCAGAGGUCCCGAGCGCAGGAACCGAGGGUAACAGCGGCGCAGGAUAUGGUGACGGAAUUAGCGCGAGAAGACAGCACCCUAGCUGCUAUUAUAGCGCAGAUGGAGAAAAUGUGCGACGCUACCAUAAGCUUUGCAAACUACGUACCGAGGACUAAGGAGAUGCGGCAGAAAAUACCUGCAGCUGAGCAUAUUCAUAGGCUGGGCCAUUUGAAUGCUAUACCUAUUCCUACAGUGACUAUUCCCGUUAGCGUCAGCUGCAUUUACACGCAUUUACCAACGAUAUAUUCAUUUGAAAACUAUUUUGAACUCGUCGGCGGUAUAAAUUGUCCAAAGAAGAUAACAUGCAGAAGCUCAGACGGAAAAUCAAGAAUUUUAUUGAUAAAGGGUGAAGACGACUUAAGGCAAGACGCGGUAAUGCAACAAGUGUUCAACAUUGUGAACACGUUAUUGGAAAAUGAUCCUGUGACUAGUCGGAACAAGCUUCUCAUACGGACGUACAAGGUGGUGCCGAUGUCUCGUCGGUCAGGCGUUCUGGAGUGGUGUGAGGGCACGAUGCCGAUUGGAGCGUAUCUCACGGGCGCGCACACGCGUUACCGAUCACAGGACAUUUCGCCGCAAGCAGCACGAAGCAAGUUGGGUAGUCUGCAUGAACAACGGAGACCUAAUCAGGAAAAGUUAGCGGUGUUCUUGAAGAUCCUCAAACAAUUCCGUCCAGUGUUCCACUACUUCUUCACGGAACACUACCUGGACCCAGUGACGUGGUAUGAACGACGAUUGGCGUACACUAAAAGUGUUGCCUCUUCCUCGAUGGUGGGAUAUAUUCUAGGUCUGGGAGACAGACAUGUACAAAAUAUCCUCAUUGACAAAAAAACCGCAGAGGUUGUCCACAUAGAUUUCGGUAUUGCAUUUGAUCAGGGCAGAACAUUGCCGACCCCAGAAACGAUACCGUUCCGCCUGACUCAAGAUAUUAUCGCAGGGUUCGGAUCUAGCGGCGUUGAAGGAAUAUUUAGGAGGUCCUGUGAGAAAACCAUGCAGCUGCUUCGAGAUAAUCAGGAGACACUGUUGACGAUAUUAGAGGUUCUACUCUGCGACCCAUUGUACACCUGGACCGUCACGUCCAAGCAACAAAACGUUCUACCUACACCGUCAAAAGAUACUACCAUUAAUCAAACUUCUGGAUCAGAUGGUAGUCUCGCCAAGCGAGCGCUGUUGUCAGUUAGCAGCAAGCUGAGUGGCACCGAGGGCGGAGUCGCUGGCGGCGUCGCGGUCCCCGGCCAGGUGGCGCGCCUCAUCCACUCCGCUACGGAUCCCGCCAACCUUAGCCGACUGUACCCCGGCUGGCAGCCCUAUUUGUAAUUUCUAUUUAACACUAAGUGCCACGAUUAUAAUGAACGAUUAUGUGAUAAUGAAUAGCUUUGAUUGUUAUAAGGUUAAUAAAUGAAUGAUUUGAUUUUUA